CAGGACUGUUAUGCAGUUGUUCAGGGUGGAGCAGAGGAGACCAAAGCACUUCUGCAGAACCGCUUUGACCACAUCCUUUACACAGGUUCUCAGAAUGUGGCACGCAGUAUCCUGCAGGCAGCUGCAGUCCACUUGACUCCAGUGACCUUGGAGCUGGGUGGCAAGUGCCCGUGCCUCAUAUAUGGUCAGGUGAACCUCGCAGCUACUGCUCGCCGCUUGGUGUGGGCAAAGUAUUUCAACUCUGGCCAGAGUUGCGUAGCGCCGGACUACGUGCUGUGUUCACCGGCUGCACGGGACGCCCUGCUUCCUGAACUGCGUAUAGCCAUAAAGGAUUUCUAUGGCGAGGAGCCUCAAGCCUGUCCCGACCUGUCCCGCAUCGUGUCCCUCCGACACUGGACGCAUGUGAUGGAACUGCUCGGGAGGUCCAAAGGCAAAGUUGUUGUGGGAGGAGAGAGCGACCAGGAGGACAAGUACAUAGCUCCCACAGUGGUUGUGGACGUGGCUGAAGACGAUGCCCUAAUGCAGGAGGAGAUUUUUGGCCCCGUUAUGCCCAUCCUGUGCAUCGACUCUCUGGAGGAAGGCAUUGCCCUAAUCAACCGUAAAGAGAAGCCAUUGGCUCUCUAUGUUUUCUCUGAAGAAUCAUCUGUGGUAACCACCGUGCUGGAAAACACCAGCAGCGGCGGAUUCUGCUCUAAUGACGGGAUUCUACACAUGACCCUGCCCAGUCUGCCCUUUGGAGGUGUAGGUGCCAGUGGUUGGGGCAGUUACCAUGGCCGCUGGGGCUUUGAGACAUUCAGCCACAGACGGGCGUGCAUGCUGCGUGGCUGGGGUCUGGAGAAACUCAACGGCCUGCGUUACCCACCUUACAGUGAAAGAAAACUGAGCUGGCUGCGCUGGAGCGCCUCACCCAAGAGCAUCUGCUCACUAAUGUGAAAACAAGCAGGCUGACUGCGUGUGUGUGAGAAGAUUUUAUACCAUGAGAGCAAGAGUGAGUGCUGGGGAACUUAGUGCAGAGGAUUAAUCAUUCUGUUUUAAACCUGUGUUUGGAUGCUUGUGUGUAUUAACAUAUUCAGGCAUUAUUGUCAAUUCACACUUAACACCUUUCAAUGAGUUUCUCUUAAACAGCCACUUUAAUGUUUUGUCUUCUUGUCACUGAAUAUAAUUUUGUAUCUGUAGUGUUUUUAUUCUACACUGUACGUUUGUCUUGAUUGUAAAAUUCCUACCUUUUCUAACUGGGUUCUUUCUGUCACAUUCUUCACUUUUUCUAAAGUCAUGUGUUCUAGUUUAUAUACAUUAAAAAAAAGGACAGUUCCUAAAUGAUGAAACCCUUUUAUUUGUUAUAUGUCAGGGAUUUAACUUCCUGCUCAGUUUUUCAUGUUCUUGCACUGAAAUCUUGGAGUGGUGAGGUGGAUUUACACGGUUUUAACAACAUUUAGUUUCUCUUCUGUAGUUUUGGUCUUUUGAUUGAUUGCUCUGUUUUUAUAAUAAUACAUGAAAUGAUGUAAAUAAAUUGGAAAAUUUACUUUUAUUACCAAA